GACACCCUCCCUCUCUGUGAUAUUGUUACUGAAGACCCCUUAUUUUCAACGUUUCUUAUUGAAAAUUUCAAAUACAUAGUUAGAGAUUCACUGUAAACACGACUACUGGACUCCUUUAGAAGCUAGCUAGCAUAGCAAAAUUUCUACUUGAACAGAGGCACUAUACCUAAAAAUAAGUCGAGGAGGAUCAAAGAGUAUUUCAGUACCUAAGUUGUACAAGUAUCUUCAUGGUUCUACUUCUGAGUAAGUCUUCUAAGGGCCUCAUAUCGUAUCCUAGGUUAGUUCCUAGAUCCAACAUCUAACUACGAGAAAAAUCCUGGUCUAAGUAUCCUAGGUUAGUCCCUAGAUCCAAGAUCUAACAUCUACGAAAUGAACAAGAAAAUGGCAAUGAAAAUGCGGUUGCUUUCUGCGUUGCUAGCCUCGUCUCUCCCGACAGCGUCACCCUUGAUGCUCAGGGUGAAGAGUGGCGGGCCAGAACAUGGACCAGGAGGAGGACCACCAGAAAAAGAAGGACCAGAACAAGAAACUCAAUGGGCUCCUGCUGCUGCCUCUUCCUCAACUUCCAGCCCUCCACGAGACGGAGACGAUGCUAAAGAAGAUCGUCUUCUACAAACUGCUGGCGCUGGGAUGGUCGGUGGCGUGUUGAUUGGAACUGGGGUGGAUCAAAUCCUAACGUGGGUUUUCAAUAAUUUCUUGCGCUUCUCUGAUGAAGAAGUGGAGAAAAGGAAGAAGGUUAAGGUAGAAGAGAAAAAGCCUGUUCUUGGUGAACCUGAUCAUCCUUCUACGGCUACAACCAGUGCGACCAUGGAAGAUGAGCAGAUUAUAGACCACGUAGAAGCAGAGCCAGGACGAGAAGGUAGGACCCACAAGCAGGCAGAAGCACGGACACCACGUCGGUAUAAAGUGUCCCUGUUUGUCGAUGCUGGCAGUUCUGGUUCUCGGAUCUAUCUGCUGGUGAAAGACCGCUCCACGAAAACGAUCAAAAGUAUCGAAAGCAUCAUGAAGAUCCCUGGUGGCAUGUCGGACUACGCCAAGAUGGGCACGGAUGAAAAAACUACUUUAUGACCUAUUAUUCAUCUUCCGAAGUAGUGUAUAAUCUUUGACAACGCCUUUUCAAGGGGAAAAGAGAGGCCAUCAAAGAUGCACUUCAGGAUGAAGAACUGCGGAGAGGUCUAACUACUGCAGAGCAAGUCGAUCGUUUUUUGAGUGAGGAGUCUCCAUUCGGCAAGGAAGGCUUGCCGAAAGCCAUACAAAAGGCUUUGGAACUGAUCGCUAAGAACCCAGAUGAUUUCGAUCGCGAGCUUGAAUUCGACGUAAUGUUACGGCUACCACUUCUAAAGCAUUGUCAGCAUCAUCUACUAGAAAAUUAGCCCCCCAAGGAUGCAGUCAAGGAUGCGAUCGCGAUAGCUCUAAUGAUGGCGACAGCAGGAAUGCGGCAGGUGUCGGAGGCUGCCCAAGGACGUUGGUACAGCGAACUCAGAAAAAAACUACCUCAAGUUGUCAAAGAGAAAUUCAACGGAUGGGUUUUGUCCUCCUCAAAAACACAAAACGUGAUGAAAAAACUCGGGGACACUAUGGCUCAGAAGUUGCAGAAUAUUGCAGUAAAUGCUGCGCGGACUAUUCCUGGUAUUGAAGAAGGAAUCUACGGCUUUGUUGCUGCUAUGUAUAGUGCUGGGCUCAUUGGAUUUGACACGCAGACCGGAAACCUGAUCUACCUCACAAAUACGAUACCGCAGACUUUCCUCGAAGUAGGAGGUGCGAGUUUGCAAGCCUGUUUGUUUAGCCUUGGAUUGGACAGAUUGAAAGAAGCGAAGGACACGAAGAGCGGUACUUGUUUGUUGAAUGAAUGAAGUUAGAAUUUGCCUAACUAGUAGAGGUGAUGCAGUGUUUAUCACUAACGUGAUUAAGUAUUUGCAUACGCUGUCUCAAGGUAUCAUACGCAGCAUCGUGGGCUUAACGGUGGAUGUAACACAAUCACAAAAAUGGUUUCCUAAAUGUGCUAAGAUCAACACUCGGUUGCAUGACGUUGGUUCAAAGGAAAUAUAGAGGAUCCAUCCGCCGAAACUGCCGCAGAUCUCACCUCAAUUAGCUCCUCCACGUGACGCUGCUCAACCUGUACAUCCACAUCAAGAAUAGGGUUAGUAAUGAUGCACGUAAUUAUUAUGUCUUUACGUUACACUUGCAUACGCUGUCUCAAGGUAUCAUACGCAGCAUCGUGGGCUUAACGGUGGAUGUAAAUGCGCAUAUAACCUGCAGUUCUGCACUACCAGGUGGAAUGGAUACCAUUGAAAAAGCACUGAUUGGCGAAAGCACUAAGCACGUAGUUGUUCUAGACCCUACUGACGAGCAAACGAAAUCAUUGACGGCAACGACACAGAAGCUGUUGCAAAGCGUUUCCAGAGACGUCGGCUCUACAGGUGCUUCAGCGGGUGGAAAACAUGGUCCUAUUUCCAGUAUUGCCACUACUGUCACUGCAAUGGACCACCCUUGCCAGGGUCCACACGGGCAAGGACUCAAGGCGCAGUGUAAAGCGGCCGUUGAAGGAUUGUUCAAGGCAGGGAGGGACCUUGCUGACAAGUUGAAUAUGCCGAUUCCUGCGGGGAGCUCAGGGGAGACUGGAAAAAUUAUCAAGGACGCCAAAAACCAGCUUGCUGAAGUGGCGAAAACGGUGUCGCAGCUGUUGGCGGAUGCGACCUCUGGUGAACAGGAGAGCCUUUUGUCCACGGAAGGCGGUUCUUCUUCUGCGAAAGGAUCCUCUUCCCAGAGAAGUGGUGCAUUUGCCACUCUAUUGGCUUCUUUGCGAGGCCUCAACAAAUUUGUUGUUGCUGGUGCCCUGUCCCACGUGGUUCUGGAGCAGCAAGCACUAGCCGGAGCACGACUAGGCGCAGGAGGCCACUUAGAUAUCCUACGACACCCGCACCAUCCGGAGCAUGCCUGUGCAAUGUCGCAAGAAGAGCUGAUUAGCGAGCACCGAUUCCACCCUAGUACCAUAACGAAAACGUGCAUGGCUCACACGAUGGCUGACGCGAUCAUUCCUACACUCACGGUGGAAGAGGCAUUGAGCGCUAUGACUAAAGCCUCUUCUAGCGACGAUGACGGCAGUCUGACUGCGAAGUUGUUUGGUGAAAUUGAAAUUGAGACUUCGAAAUCUUCAACUGGUUGGGUAGAAGGUGCGGCCGUACUGGGGAUGCACGACGAGGCGUUGACAAAACAACAAAUGUUGACUGCCAAGGCUAACGCUGUGGAAGUGGAAGAAAAAAGUAUUAACUUCCCUAUCAUCAUGGUUGAAUUGAUGUAUAUUUAAUAGUCUGAGGCGCAAGCACAUUCUCUAUUCAAUUGUUUACAUAGAGAUCUCGUGUAGGGUCAUCUUGCACAUUCAGAUCUCGUGUAUGCUAGUCAGUGAUAGACUCCAUGGAAGGGUCAUCUUGCGCGACUGUUCGCUCUGCUUCACAGCUUAGCCGCUGUGGCUCAUUUUUUCAACUCCUACGAUUUCCUCAAUUUCUACUUCUACUCCUUCAAACGCAUUUGGAAGUUCCCCUCCCUUUUUUUUGCGAUUUUGUCGCAAGGAUUGUCGGUUCGGUAAGCAUCUUCUUCCUUGAAUGCAUCCUCCAAGUACUCAACUCAAGGGUUCUAUCCGAGUAAGUGUACCUGAAUAAUGGCAUCCAAUCAAACUCGGGUGGAUGUAGUAAGGUGUACGUACUAGUAAGCUUACUUACUAGAGAUGACGAGACUCCUUUCCCUCCCUAAAACACUUCAGCGCCAGCGCUUUUUGCAAGGAUUGUCGGUUUGGUGAGCAACCACGUGGUGUCGACGGGGGCUCAUGUGGUACGUCGAGUGGGAGGAGAGUGUAAGAAUCAAGAUGCUAAAGGUGGUCGUGCUCCCGCUCCUGCCGAGUCUCACCAGACGAGUGCUCACGAUCACGAAGGGGUCGACUUGUUCCAUCGAGGGACAAAGACGAUUGAUGCUAACCCGCGGAACUUGUCUAAUUAUAAGUCGGUUGCAUCUUCUUGCAAUCGAGAUUGGUCGUAUCGAAUUGUUCCUGAGCAUGGAAAUUAGAAUUGUCCCCGAUAGCAUGAAAAUUAGAUUUGGCGGGUUCCGACGAAGGAGCAGCAUAAGAUGGACGCAGGUGGAGUUCAUGAAGAUUAGAGACUGAAGACACACUGACUCACUUCUCUCUUCUAGUGUCUCUUUAGUACUUAAAAAAAACUCAUCCAAAAUUGUUUUUGAUUAAUAAGGAAGGAAGAUCAAGAUUGAAACCAAAAUUGUUUUCUCUGGCAGGAACGAUGAGUAGGCCUACAUAUAGUACAGGUGAUUGCAUAGGAGGUACCUAAAACAGAGAAUAACGAAUGCCUUAUCAUUAUCUUAGGUAGGCAGGGCAGGAACAGGAACUACAAGUGUUAAGAUCACUGACUGAUACUCAGGCUUAGCAUCUUAGGUUGAACCAGCAGGUGAAAUGAGAGAUCCUUCCACUUGUUUUGCCCUUUUGAUGUUCAUUUAUAAAUGCGUUUACUUCUAUGACUGGUGUGCCGUUCUCUGUGGCUUUUUACGGGGAGACGAAGUUGCGCCCGUGUAAUGUAAUGUAAUGACUAGAACUAUCUAAAUCUAUGCGUUUCGACUUCUCAAUCUCUGUAUCUCAAAAUUGUCUUUCCAAUUUAACGAACGAGCUUGCGUUGAUUUGUCUCUGCAAAAAAGAUGUCGUGCAACGGAAAUCAUCACCAGAAGAAGCCCAUUCUCAGAGAUGUUGUUGAGAAAAAGGUUCCAGAUAUGACGAGCAUUGUUUAGGCAGAUUGCCGAAUAGAAUGGGGGAAAUCCUAGGAAGAUUGCCGAAUAGAUUCAU